AUGUCUUCUGUCUCUCCGUGGGAUCGAUGGACCUGCUUGCGCUGGCUGGGGUAUCUUACCUGCCUGGUCACCAUCAUCCAGACUAGCUCCUAUCUCUUUGGGUAUCCAGAGACAAGUCUUGUCCAGGCUGUCUAUGCUUCAUUCAGUGGCCCGGGGAUUAUUCGGCCUGGUCAAUAUCAAGGGCUUGUUGGCGGCGUGAGGGACAAGGUAGCAGACGAACACUCAUCUGAGCCAGAUUCUUUGGGCAUCGCACAUGAUCGGAGAGACAAGCGAUUCUUUCUUGGGGGUACCUUAACCCUAACCAGCAUCAAGUCUGCCAAUGCCUCGCACCCAGUCCCACUUAUCUAUGAUCCAUACCCAUCAUACAACAGCCGAGAAUGGAAGAAGCAGUUCCAUGGAAAGUUUCGGCCUUGCCUUGGUCCCAGGAAUCGUUACCUCGACCGCAGGUCUGCAGAAGAUAUGAUCCAAGUCUACAAGGGCCAACAAGCGGAGUUCCCAGCACCACGAUUCGGAUCAUAUGAAGCAUUGGGUCUAGAUGGCAACGUUUGCACAGACCGGUACUCCCGAUAUGGGGCGUAUGGAUACGAUGACGAUGGCGAGGACGAGGUACCGGGCUUCACGCGCCCUCCCGCAGUGCCGUGGCGUGAAGUCGAUUGGCAAAGACUGCAAAACCUCUGCCUGGAAAGAAACGCAGAUCGAUACGUGUCCACCGAAACCGCCAAUUCUUCAACUCAGAGUCCACUGGCCUUCGAUCUUCCACAGGCCCCCCACAAAUUAUGGGAGACACCCAAUGGGCUCAAUUGGAAGCCUCACCAUCGUGAAUACAUUCGAGCUUUGAUUAUGGAACUUUCCUUGCAUUCUGGUGGAGAAUACCAGAUCUAUAUUUUGUGUCAUGUCAAAGAAAACGAGAUGCCCAUAUUCUCUGAUAUCAAUACCAUCAACCAGCUUAGGAAUUCCAUUCCCAAGGAAUUUCGGAAUAUGGCUCUUUUCUUCAAUAACAAACUCUUGGAAGCUUGGUAUCCCAAGAUAGAAGAACACAGCCCCCAACUUCAACACCACCAACCUUUGCAAAUAUUCUCCCAGCUCUAUCCACACUUCGACUAUUACUGGCAACUAGAAAUGGAUGCUCGUCACACAGGACACAUCUACCACUUCCUAGACCGCGCAGUCUCAUUCGCCCGCCAACAACCCCGCAAAUAUCUCUGGGAACGCAACGCCUACUUCUACACCCCCGGCGCACACGGCAACUGGAGUCAAUUCACGCAAAUGGUACACGAUAGCCUAGCCGACAAUUCCAACCGCACAGUCUGGGGCCCGGUAUCCCGCACAGGAAUCAGACCACUGGGCCCCGAGCCGCCAGUGCCAUAUCCAGACCAAGACAACUAUACCUGGGGCGUGGGUGAAGAAGCCGACUUCAUAACGUUCCUGCCAACCUUCAAUCCACAACAUACGCAAUGGACAUUCCCCGACAAGAUCUGGAACUUCAAAUACGGCGAGGGCACGCCGCGCCGCGCCGCAGUCAUCACAAUGGGACGGUACUCCAAGCGUCUACUCGAUCUAAUCCACCACGCGCAGGCGACGAAGGGCCUUGGCCUUGCGUCGGAGAUGACGGGUGCAUCAUGGGCUCUCUUCCAUGGCCUCAAGGCUGUGCAUGUUCCCCACCCUAUCUACGCGGAUGGGCAGUGGACACCGAGGGAACUGGCGCGCAUCUACAACCCCGGUCCGCCGGAGAAUGUUAAUGGGGGCUCUGAUAGUAUUUGGAAUUUUGAUCAUAUCUUCGAUCAUAUUAUGUACCGCCUCUCGUAUAUGUUUACGACGCAUAGCGCGGAGGAUUUGUACAGACGAUGGCUAGGGUUCAGGACUGCGGAGCAUGAGGGUGGGAAAACCGUAUCUGAGGAUCGCUAUGGUCGGCAUUGCUUCCCUUCUAUGUUUCUUCAUACAAUCAAGAACACAGCUCAAGGAAUGGGCCCAGACAGGGCUGUUCCCUGA